GCCGUUUCUGACUUGUGAUUCAUGUUUUGUUAGCUAAUCUGGCUAGCAGAUGUCGACUGGUUGAAUUUAUUUUCUGAUGAAUAUAUGUGCAUAAAACGGUUAAAACGCCACUCCUAGUAAGAGAGGAGGAUGGCGCAUCGACGCACCCCACCUCAGCUGUCCCAGAGGACGGAGUACCUGGAAGCUGAUAACGACUCCGACCGGGACUCUGGUGUUGGCGAUGAUGCUGGAGAGGAUGCUGACAGUUGCCAUGGAAGCCCAUUAACAGAAGAGGAGAAAGUCAACAAGCAAGAUGGCGAGGGGGGAGAAGAUUUUACAGUUUUUGUUGCCUUUCAAGGGAAUAUGGAAGAUGAGGACUUCACUCAAAAGCUUGACACUGUCCUCAGUGGUAUACCUAACAUGCUUGAUAUGGACUCAGAGAGGCUGCAGCCGCAGCAUGUAGAGCCAUGGAACAGUGUGCGGGUUACCUUCAACAUUCCUCGGGAUGCUGCGGAGCGACUCAGACUGUUGGCCCAAAACAACCAGCAGCAGCUCCGAGAACUGGGGAUUCUCUCUGUGCAGAUAGAAGGGGAAGGGGCCAUCAAUGUGGCUGUGGGACCAAAUAGAGGACAAGAAGUCAGAGUGAAUGGACCAAUUGGAGCACCUGGCCAAAUGAGAAUGGAUGUUGGUUUUCCAGGUCAGCCUGGUCCAGGAGGCGUGAGGAUGGUUAAUCCAUCGAUGGUUCCCCCUGGGCCUGGCAUGGCAGGUCAGGCUAUGGUGCCAGGCAGCAGUGGACAGAUGCAUCCUCGCGUUCCAAGACCAUCUUCACAGACAGAUGUGAUGGAUCCAAUGAUGCCAGGUAUGUCAGUUCAGCAGCAACAGCAGCUUCAGCACCAACAGACAGGUCCCCAUGGCCCAGGGCCCAUGCCUCCUCAGGCAGCCCAUCACAUGCAGACUCUGCAGACUGGAAGACCACUCAACCCUGCUGCACUGCAGCAGCUACAACAGCAUCACCAACAGCAACAAGCCCAGCAGCAAGCACAGCUUUCACAGCUUGGACCUAGACCUCCGUUCAACCCAUCAGGUCAGAUGGCUGUACCUCCUGGCUGGAACCAGUUGCCUUCUGGAGUCCUCCAGACUCCAGCCGCCCAAGGAGGCCCUGCCUGGAGGAAGCCCCCACCCCAAGCCCAGAUGGUUCAGCGCCCUCCUUCCCUUGCUACAGUUCAGACUCCCAGCCACCCUCCACCUCCUUACCCAUUUGGCAGCCAGCAGGCAGGGCAGGUAUUCAAUGCCAUGGGACAGGGUCAGUUACAGCAGCAACAGCAGCAAGGAAUGGGGCAGUUUGCUGCUCCCCAGCCUAAAGGCCCACAGGCUGGCCCUGGAGGUGUUGCAGGCCAACCUAGACCCCCUCCACCCCUCCCUCCCACUACUGGACCACAGGGCAACCUCACUGCCAAGUCUCCGGGUUCCUCCUCAUCUCCUUUUCAGCAGGGUUCACCUGGGACUCCACCCAUGAUGGCUCAGAGGCCUACAACCCCACAGGGUUUUCCUCAGGGUGUCGGUUCACCAGGAAGAGCAGCCCUCGGCCAACAGGGUAACAUGCAACAAGGUUUCAUGGGAAUGCCCCAGCAUGGACAGACUGGGGCCCAAGUUCAUCCAGGCAUACCCAAGCGUCCCAUGGCCUUUCCAAAUCCAAACUUUGUCCAAGGUCAGGUGAGUGCCAGCACUCCAGGAACCCCUGGUGGAGGAUCCAAUCAGCAGCUCCAGAGCAGCCAAGCAAUGACUCACACAGGAGCUCAGUCAUCAGCUUCCACGCCAAACUCAAUGCAGGGCCCACUCCAUGCCCAACCCAAUGCUAUGGGUGUACAAAGUGGCAUGGCAGGUCUGCCCCCUGGUACAACUGCUGGGCCUAGUAUGGGCCAGCAACAGCCUGGCCUCCAGACCCAGAUGAUGGGCCUCCAGCAUCAGGCCCAACCCGUGUCCUCCUCCCCCAGCCAGAUGGUUCAAGGCCAGGGUGGAGGUCAAACUGUCCUCUCAAGGCCCCUCAAUCAAGGGCAGAGAGGAGGGAUGACCCCACCCAAGCAGAUGAUGCCUCAGCAAGGCCAGGGGGUGAUGCAUGGGCAGGGUCAGAUGGUUGGAGGCCAAGGUCACCAGGCCAUGCUCCUACAGCAGCAACAGCAACAAAACUCCAUGAUGGAACAAAUGGUUGCCAACCAGAUGCAGGGCAACAAGCAGGCGUUUGGAGGCAAGAUUCCAGCUGGGGUCAUGCCAGGCCAGAUGAUGCGUGGCCCUUCACCAAAUGUUCCAGGUAACAUGGCUCAGUUCCAGGGCCAGGUUGGCCCACAGCAGAUGACUCCACAACAGCAGCAGCAAAUGGCUCAACUCCAACAACAGCAGUUACAACAACAGCAACAGCACCAGUUACAACAGCAACAGCAACAGCUACAGCAGCAACAACAGCACCAGCAGAUGAGCCAGCAACAGCCCCAACAGGUUCCCAUUGCUGGAAAUCCUAAUCAAGUGAUAGGCAUGCACGGGCAACAGAUGAGGCUACCUGCUGGUCAUCCUCUUAUCCAACAACAGUUGCAACAGCAGCAGCAGUUACAGCAACAGCAGAAACAACAGCAACAGGCCAUGUUACAACAGCAGCAACAACAGGCAGCUCAACAGCACCAACAUCCUUUGGGGGAUCCUAACAGUGGCACUGGGGACUUGGGGGUCCAACAAAUGGUUCCUGAUAUGCAGGCACAGCAGCAGCAAGGCAUGAUGACUGGCCCUCAGCACAUGCAGAUGGGAAAUGGCCACUUUCCAGGUCAUGGCAUGAACUUCAACUCACAAUUCCCAGGUCAGAUGCCAAUGGGGGGACCUUGUGGACAGGCAGGUGGUUUUCCUGUCAGCAAGGAUGUAACACUGACAAGCCCACUGCUGGUCAAUCUGCUACAAAGUGAUAUCUCAGCCAGCCAGUUUGGACCAGGAGGAAAACAAGGAGCAGGUGGGGGCAAUCAGGCCAAACCCAAAAAGAAGAAACCAGCUCGCAAGAAGAAGCCCAAAGAUGGAGAGGGACAACAGCAAAUAGAAGGACUUGGUGGUCUUGAUGUGGCUAGUGGCAUGGAAGAUUCCGAACUGCCAAAUUUAAGUGGUGAACAGAGUUUGGGCCUAGACAACUCAGGGCCAAAACUCCCUGAUUUUCCCAACCGGCCUGCAGGCUUUCCUGGCCAACCUGGAGACCAGAGAGUAUUGCAGCAGGUACCCAUGCAGUUUAUGCAGCAGCAACAGCAGCAGCAACAACAGCAACAACAGCAGCAGCAACAACAACAGCAGCAGCAGCAGCAACAACAACAACAACAACAACAAAUUCAGCACAUGCAACAGCAACAAAUACAGCAACAACAAAUUCAACAACAACAAAUGCAACAACAAAUGCAACAGCAGCAAAUACAGCAGCAGCAGCAGCAGCAGCAGCAGCAGCAACAAUUGCAACAACAGCAGCAGAUGCAGCAACAACAGCAGAUGCAACAGCUGCAAAUGCAAGGUCUCCAGAAUGCUCAAGGGCAGCAGGGAAUGACAGGGCCACAGAGUUCAGGUCAAGGCCAGCCACAGAUGCACCCUCAUCAGUUGCAACAACAGCAACAGCAGCAGCAAGCUCAACAGCCACACCUGCAGCAACAGCAACAGCAGCAAAUGAUGAUGAUGCUGAAGAUGCAGAAUGAGCAGGCUAAGAAUCGCAUGUCCAUCCCUCCAGGAGGGCAACUCCCUCCUCGGGGCAUGGGCAAUCCACCUGAGGUUCAGAGGCUUCCUGUCUCACAGCAAGGCAACAUGCCUGUAAUGAUCAACCUUCAAGGGCAUGGAGGAGUACCGCCAUCACCUGACAAAACCAGAGGGAUGCCCCUGAUGGUAAACCCUCAGCUUUCAGGCGCAGCACGAAGAAUGUCCCUUCCUGAAGUAGGGCAGGGUCCUCAAGGCACUGGAUCUGAAGAUGCUCCUGCAGGGGCCCACCCAAAGCAGGACAGACCUGGUGGUCCAGAAAUGGGGGUACAGGCUGGAAAUGGGACCCAACAGAUGAUAGCCAACCAGGCCUCCAACACUCACUUAAUGAAGCAAGGCCCUGGUCCAUCACCAGUGCCCCAGCACACUGGAGCCAGUCCCCAGCAACAGUUAGCCACUCAGUCCCAACAAGCAGGCCCCGUGCCUGGCCUUCAUUUCCCCAAUGUCCCCACAACCUCACAGAGUUCCAGGCCCAAAACCCCUAACAGAGCCAGCCCCAGACCGUACCACCAUCCCCUCACCCCAACUAAUCGUCCACCCAGUACUGAGCCCUCCGAAAUCAACCUUUCACCUGAAAGGUUAAAUGCCUCUAUUGCAGGGCUGUUUCCUCCCAAAAUUAACAUUCCUCUGCCUCCCAGGCAGCCUAACCUAAACAGGGGAUUUGACCAGCAGGGUCUCAACCCAACAACUCUGAAAGCCAUUGGGCAGGCCCCUCCUAGCUUAUCUCUACCAAGCAAUAACAAUGGCAGUGUGGGUGGAAGUAACACUAACAGUCAACAACCUUUUUCCACUGGUACCGGAGCAGGAGGUGCAGGUGCUAAACAGGACAAGCAGUCUGGAGGGCAGGGUAAGAGGGCAAGUCCUAGCAAUAGUCGGAGGUCUAGUCCAGCCUCUAGUCGCAAGUCAGCCACUCCAAGUCCAGGAAGACAAAAGGGGACAAAGAUGGCCAUCAACUGCCCUCCCCAUCAGCAGCAGAUGGUCAACCCUCAGGGGCAAACCAUGAUGCUCAGCCCUACCUCAAUACCCCCAAGUCCAAUAUCUAUGCCCUCACAGAUGAGUGGGAGCAUGGAGGCACAACAGACCCAGAGUCCUUUCCAUGGGAUGCAAGGUAAUCCUGCUGAGGGAGUAAGGGAGAGUCAGGGAUUGAUGACAGCAGAGCAGCGACAGAUGCCUCAGCCUCAACCCCAGCUGCAGCCUCUGAGGGAAUUAUCAGCCCCUAGAAUGGCUAGUCCUCGUUUCUCCACGCCUCAGCAGCCUAAACCUGACUUGGAACUGCAGGCAGGGACAGUUGAUAGGCAGCCAACACACACAGCACCUUUGCAGGACUCUGAGGUCUCACCUGCUCUCAGGGCAGCUCCAACCUCCCUCAACCAGUUACUGGAUAACACGGGUAUCCCAAACAUGCCUCUUCGGCCUGUACAGAGUAAUACUGUUGGGGAUUUUAUGGGAAAGGACAGCCCCAAGUCUGCUUUGGAUCCAGAGAGACCACCCUAUAGUAAUUCCCAGGGCGCAGACACAUCAGUUCCUGUUGCUACUACUGCCACUAUAAAUGAAUCAGAAGCUAAACCCAAACCUGCUGUCCCAGUCCCUACCAGCAGUCCUAACUUGCAGCCUGCUGUGAUUCCCAGCUUGCACCCUAGCACUAAUGUUAGCUCCAAUACUACCCCCAGCCUUAACCAAACCCCCAUCUCGAGUCUUGGUGUCAGUCCCAGUAUGAAUGUAAACACGACUUCCUCCCUUUGCCCCACUCUUAGUACUAACACUAAUGCUGCCCCGAGUGGAACUCCCAACCCUGUCUCUUCCAGUCAGAGCACUACUGCCCCAGCUGUUAGUACCAGUUCUAACUCCAGCUUUGCUCUAAACCCAGCUAGUUCGGUUCUAAAACCAAGCCCUAAUCCUAAACCUGUGACAAGUGUUCACUCAGUCAUACAGCUCCCAGCCUCUUCCACCACCAUUUCCCCUAACCAGAUCACUGUUUUUGUGACUUCUAACACCAGAACUUCUGCCCCAACUCCUCAAGUACCUACAUCCAUGGUCUCCACCAUGGUGGCUGUCCCUAACAAGAACAUUCGACCUCAGGAUAUCCGACAGCAGACCCCUGUCCCCCGACAACAGUUCAUCACCACCACCCCUGUAUUUUUCCAGGUCCCGAGUUCAUCUGUGGCUCCCAAUACCACAGUGGUAUCACAGGCAGUCACUAUGAUGGGGCCUAUCCAAGUUUCCACUACAAACAUCCAGCUUUCUGCUGUCCCAAGCUCCACCCAAUCAACAGGGGUUACCAUGGCCAGCACUCAGCUUGCCAGAAGUGCUGUUGGACAGGUUCAGACUGCUACGAGUGUGUCCUCAUCAUCCCCAGUUGGUACUGUUGCAGCACCUCAGCAAAUUAACCCUGGGGCUCUCAAAACAGAACAUGUGGGUGAGACAGGUUUUGCUCAGAAAUCUAAUCCUUCAGUCCAACAGCCAUCUCCCCAUCCAAGCCCUUCAGCAUCGUCUCCUUUUCAGCCACCCCUGUCUUCUCCUCCUCCCUGCUCUAGUCCUGGAGCUGUUAACACACUCCGAAAGGGCCCCAUGUCUCCAUCUUCCACUGCCCAGGUGAAAAGUAAGCCUGCACAGGCUGCUGCACCUGUUUCUGGUACAGCUGAAUGCCAGCAGAGUCCUGUAGAAAGGCCUGCACAGGGGCCCACUGGGGCUGUUCCACCCCAGGUCUUUCAUCCUCCUGCUAGUCCUGCCAUUCAGAAUGAAGCACUAGCACCCCAUACUACUGCUGCUGCCUCAAAAAACAUUACUUCGCCUACAGUCUCCUCUCCUGUCCCAGUCCCUAGCCAAGUUGCUGGUCCUACUCAGAUUGUUGCCCAGGCUCCGUUGCCUGCACCAGCUCCAGUCUCAAGCCCAGUCCAGGCUGUAACUUCUCAAAUUCCUACUGUCACUGUAGUUGGUACUACCACUGUUGUCUCCUCUGCUACCGUCCUCUCUACGGUAACUCCUGCACAAAGUCCAGUACCGUCCAUUGUUCCCAUUGUUACUGUACCUGGAAUUGUUCAGGAGGUUCCUCCCACCAUACCUCCCCCAGUUGUUAACCCAAGCGGCGUUCCACAAGCCCAGUCUGAUGCCCCAGCUGUGGAGCCUCCCAUGACACCAGCUGCAGGACCUGCUGAAACAAAUCAGACCACCCCAGCACCUGUUCAACAAGAAGUUCCACAGUCACAUGAGCCUGCUGCUAGUGAGAAGACGGGUGAAGAGGUCUCGACAGGUCCUGAGCAGGGAUGGGCAAAGAAAAGAAAGACGCCCAUCAACUUAGUCCCAAGGGCUGCUGUGGAGAAGCCCAAGGGACCGAGUAGACGCAGUUCCCGAGCAGAGAAGGAGGUGGAGGAGGAGCCAGUAGCAGACAGUGGCAUAAGGAAGAGAUCAGCAAGGCCUGGAACCAGUGCUGCUGUAAAAGAAACUGGAGCGAGCCCCACCCAGGCCAAACGAAGGAAGUCUAAAUAGGUGCAACUGCAGUUGUGGCAACCUGUGAACUGUACUGUAAAUGUUUUUGUUACCCGCUGUGAAUCAGUUGAUGUCGGUUUCUCUGUCCUAGAUUAUGAAUUUUCAUCGGCAAGAGAAACCGUGUACAGAUUGUUUUAAAAAAGAAUUACGGUAUUGUUUUGUCCAUGCUUUUUUUGUGAGAUUGUAGUUAGAAUGUGUGCAUAUACAGUAUGUGUUUGUGUGAAUGUGCUUUUUAUAUUAAAUGCUGGAUUAAUCAUGUGAAGACUGAUAAUGAAGCGUGUCAUGAUUGUAUAAUUAUGUUGUAAAACUGAAUUAAAUUUUCUACUGCUUU